AUGCAGACUCACCUUCUUCUCGGACCCAGCCGAAUCAAGGGAUGUCAUUGCCGGCGAUUCUCUUCCGCCAUCUCCGGCGAUCUUCUCCCUCCGUUUUUCAUUCCGGUUGUCCGAGACUUAUACCACCACCUUCGAAGACACCGCGACGGCAGAUUCCGGUGCCAGCGCAGCCGUCGGAAGACGACUGUUACAUCUGCGGCGUCUUCUUCUUCGUCUUCGGGUUCUAACACCGGCGUGCAGGACCACUACGUUGUUCUGGGCGUCGCUCGCAACGCCACAUCUGUCGACAUUAAGAAAGCUUAUCGCUUGCUCGCUCGAAAGUUUCAUCCGGAUGUGAAUAAGGACACUAGAGCUGGAGAGAGAUUCAAGAGCAUCCGUUGUUCCUACGAAGUAUUAUCCAAUGAAGCUACAAGGAGUCAGUACGAUCGAGCACUUAAACUUGAAGAAGAUUCCAGCUUCUCUAGAUCGAAAAGGCAUUACUACUACAGCACCUCUGAGGUUGAAGAUCCCGUGAAGUAUCAUCACAGCUGGUCCGAGACACGACGCCAGUCCAGAUACGAGAGAUCCCACGGACACUACUACUCUACUUAUCCCAACUCUCGUUUCUACAGCGAGCCACAAGCAGGAGAAGAAACAACGCAAGAACAGAGAGACUCCUUUGCCAAAGUUUUCUGGUCUUUGUUCUUGUCGGUGUUUCUUCUCUACACAGUCAGUUGCCUGGCUUCUCUCACCGUUAGCACAUUCACGGCUUUGCUCGACAAGGAACUUGACAUGGGUUACAAAUUCGGCUUCGUGACUGCUUGGUUUCUCGGCGGGAAUGGCGGUAUCCUUCUCACUCUCUGUUUGACAGUUGCAAGCGGGCUCUGUGGGAAAGCAAGCAGCGGUUUCGUGGUUCUAGUGGUGGUGGCGUUGUGGGUUUGCACCGGUUUAGCUCGACAUGCUCCUUUUCCACAUGGAGCUCUUCUCACUCUCCUCUACAUGUCGAUCAAGCUUCAAGUCGACUCUAGCUAG